AAGGGUCAGCAGUGUUGGAGGCGGUGUUUAGGAGCACGAGAUCGUUUAGUUUAGUGUGGCAAAACACCUUGGCACGGUCACAGUGCAGAGAGAGGAACUUCCAUUCACCGGGGCCUAUUUGAAAUCCUUCGAAAAAAAUCUGCGGAACUGUCUUGUAUGGAUUCGAGUAGCUGUUCGUGAUGUCUCUCUAGUUGUUCCUCUUUACUCUAGUUUUACUGUCUGUUCUGCGUGGCCCGGGCGGGCUGGCUCUCCUAGUCUACAGCUGAUCCCAAGAUGGUGUCCUGGAUGAUCUCCAGAGCCGUCGUGCUCGUCUUUGGAACGUUAUAUCCGGCAUACUACUCGUACAAAGCAGUCAAAACCAAGAAUGUAAAAGAAUAUGUACGCUGGAUGAUGUAUUGGAUUGUUUUUGCACUCUACACAGCAGUUGAAAGUGUGACUGACCUCUCACUGUCCUGGUUUCCUCUCUAUUAUGAAAUAAAAAUUGCCUUUGUGAUUUGGCUGCUGUCUCCAUAUACAAGAGGUGCUAGUUUGAUCUACAGGAAAUUUUUGCAUCCUCUACUUUCUUCUAAAGAAAGGGAAAUUGAUGACUACAUUGUUCAGGCCAAAGAGCGCAGUUAUGAAACCAUGGUGAACUUCGGCAAGCAAAGUCUGACAAUAGCUGCAACGGCAGCUGUCUCUGCAGCUGUCAAGGGCCAAGGAGCCAUCACUGAACGGUUGAGGAGUUUCAGUGUGCACGACCUGACUCAGAUUCCAGGCGACGAUACCAGCAGUCAGCUGUACCCUGGCUUCUCUGUUUCCAACAGAAAAGAUAAGAAUCUGGGCAUCGAGGGAUCUGAAUAUUACUCAUAUGAACGAGACAACAGACCCGAAGAUGAUGGUGAAGCCUUCUUCUCCGAGGAAGAGACUAUAUCCCAGCAUGGUUUGAGGAGAUCUCAGAGUGUCAAAAGUUCAAGGCCAAAAUUGCGCAAAGAGCCUCGGUAUGGAUCUCUGAAACUUAAAACAAAGCGAAGACCUGCACUGAACUCCGCCAACUAUGAAAUGUGACAGGUGAAAUGAGGACCUCACUACUGAUAUUAAAAUGUACUUAAAAAUAGUACGUUUACAAAUAUUCUUAUUUCGUAAUGGUUGCGGUGUCUAGUUUUAUUAAAAAAUGAGUUUUAAAAAUAACACACUUUUUAAUUGUCUGUGUUAUGGUGUAUCAAAGUGCUGCAUUUGCUGUUCAGACUGGUUUUUCGGUUCUGCACAUCCAGUCUGUUCCUGAAAUCCAAAUAAGACUGCUUGCUUGACUUUUUCCGUUAUUACUAUUAUUAUUUUACAAUUUCCUACAUUUCUCUAUCGAUUUUUUUGUUUGAUUCUCGCAAUGUGUUUUUGUGUAGAUUUAUAAAUAUUAUGUUGUAUUUCCUACUUUAAUUAAGAAUGUAUAACAUCACUCCAAAGCACAAUAACCCAAAAUAGCCUUCAUUGUUAAUGAGGAAAAAUACCAACAAUAAUAUUCAAGUUGUUGAAAAAGUUGUGCUGGCUCAAAUUUUAGUUGG